AUGGACACCCACCUCUCUCCCGGCGUCCGCCGCCACCGCCACCGCCGCCUGGCGGCGAUCCUGGGCGACUUUGACGCCCAGGGGUUUGUUUUCCUGCCCCCAGUCGCCAAGACCCCGGCGCUGGCGCCGCCACUGCCGCCGCCCACCGACGGCGACCACGAACCAUUUAAUAACCUCGACGACUUCGCCACCAAGCCCUCAGAGUUCCUGUUCCCGAUGGCGCCGGCGCCGGCGCUGGCGCUGACCCUGGCGCUCAACCUGCCCAUCCGCCUCGGCCACCCCGGCUCUCACCGCCGGACGCGCUCAUCGCUGCUGGCUCAGCGCCCGCGCUACAUCGAGCCCCCGGCGUCUGCAUUAACCCCGAAACUGGGGACGAUCGACUUGGACGAAAUCCUCAGGGCGCUGGAAUCAGCAGCGCUGGUUACCGGCGCCAGCGGCCCCAGUUUCAGCGGCGGCGCUCCACUCGCCCUCGCGGCUGAAGACGUGUUUUUGGCGCUGCCAUUCUUUAAGACGCUGCUGCUGAAUCAGCUGAUGCUCACGUCGUCGCCCAUCGGCCACCGCGAGGACGCCAUCGCCGAGGAAGAAGACGACGAUGCCGACGCCCGCCACGAAGUGAGCAUCGACGACGCGGCGCUGGUCGACGAGUACUACUUGCCGCCGCCCAACCAAGACGUUUAUCUGCAUGGCCUGGCGCUGUCGCUGACGACCUCGCUCACCAAGCUGUCGUCGCAGGCGGCGCCGGUGUGGAGCGCUAAUCUGAGCCGCGACUCCGUCAAGGGGUCGACGACCCCCCCGCCCACCAUGGUUCACCGUCGGCGCCGCCUGGGCGCCAUGGCCCCGCGCUACUCCAUCUUCUACGAUCAACUGAACCGCAUCUCCAACGCCAUGCGCAACGCGCUGCUGGACCUGAUCCCAUUAACUCGCACCACGCUGCAGCUGGGGGGCUCUACGCCCAACAGCAGUCUCGCUCCCCCAGUGGCGCAGCUCCUCGCCCCUAAGGACCGGUUUCUCGGCCACCUGGCGCUGUUGCCGCUGCUCAAACUGGCGCUGGCCGCCGGCACCGACCGUCGCGUGCCGCGGUUUGUUGAGCUUCGACGCCACUCGCCGCCGAUGGCACCGCCGAUCCCGGCGCCGCUCGCGCUGGCACCUAAGUUCACUCCAACGUCGCUGAUGGCGAUGCUGGGGCUUGGGUCGCUGCGGUUGUCGAAAAACUACAGCUCGUCGCCGGUGCUGAUCCACCUGGACCACACGGGCGAGGUCAUUUCCAACCUGGCCACCGACAUCACCGAGUACGACCCGCCUACGCCUAAAGGCGAGUACACGUUGCGGCCGCCGCUGGCGGCUCCGCUGCUGACGGUGGUGCUGGCGACGCCGCUGAUCGUGGUGUCGGAGCUGGCCAACGUGCUGCUGUCGCUGACCGACAGCACGAUGUUGGAAGAGGCGCCGACGCCGCGCCCGCCAGUUAAGCCGACGACGCCCCAGCUCUCGGGACUGGUGACCAGUGUCUCGCUGGUACCAACACCGCCGGCGCCGAAACUGGUGCCGACGCCGCCGCAGACGCCGCCGCAACGGACCCAGGCGCGAUACCCAACGCUGCCAGCGAAGUCCACCAGCAACAUCGACGUGCCCCGUCGGCGCCCGCAGACGCUGUCGCAAACGCGCCACAUCAAGGCGAAGCUGGUGAACUUGGAGCUGCUCGCCCAGACCCACGCCCAGGCGCAAAAGCAGGCCGACUCUGUCGAGAAGAAGAAGAAGCGCGGGUCCAAAUUCGUCCAGUGGUUGAAGAAGUUGAAGGAGGAGAGCAAAGUAAGCAUUUAA